GAAGAGGAGGAGGAAGUGAGUGGGAUGAAGGUUAAAGCCCCGUACUACAGUCCAUGGGGUACCCUGGAGUACCAUAAUGCCAUGAUUGUGGGGACAGAGUGUUUGGAAGAUGGCAGUGCAGGAGUCCGAGUGCUGUAUCUCUACCCAACUCACAAGUCCUUGAAGCCUUGUCCAUUCUUCUUGGAUGGCAAAUGCAGAUUUAAAGAGAAUUGUCGGUUUUCCCAUGGGCAAGUGGUAUCUGUGGACGAGCUUCAUCCAUUUCAGGAGCCCAAUCUCGGCUCUCUAGAAGUGGGCUCAGCCUGCUUGGCGAAACACCAUGAUGGAAUAUGGUAUGCUGCAAAAAUCACUGACAUUGACAGUGGUUACUACACAGUGAAGUUUGAGUCAUUGCUGCUGAAGGAGGCUGUCGUGGAGGGAGAUGGCAUCAUGCCACCACUGCGAAGCGAGGAAGACUCUUCCUCUCCCGAGUCUGAGGAAGACAACGUGGAUGACUCUGGCUAUGCUAAAGUGAUCGAUUCGGGGCCCUUGGAGAAUGGGGAAGGGGCUCCAGCUUGCAGUUCCUCCUUUGGUGGCUGGGAGGCCCAUACUCGUGGCAUCGGCUCCAAACUACUCGCUCAAAUGGGAUAUGAGUUUGGAAAAGGUUUGGGGAAGAACGCUGAGGGCCGAGUGGAGCCAGUGCAAGCCAUAGUGCUGCCUAAAGGGAAGUCCCUUGACCAAUGUGCUGAGAUCCUUCAGAAGAAGCAGCUGGAUCCAGCUAAGUCAAGGAAACGGCGAGUGAAGGCAAACCAUGCUGGCCGUCCUUCUGCAGGGAGCCGCAAGCCCCCCCGCAAUGUCUUUGACUUUCUGAAUGAGAAGCUUCAGGGGAAGGGCUCUGGGGAGCAGGAUGGAGGAAUGACACCAGUGGAGAGAAACAACAAGGAGAUCUACCACGCCAGUAAGAGCACCAAGAAGGCCCUCAGUGUCCGCCUCUUCCAGACAAUGGAGAAGAUUGACCAAACGCAGAAGACCAUCAGGGGAAUCCAGGAGGCCCUGGCACGCAAUGUUGGACGGCACAGUAUUGCCACGGCCCAGCUGGAGGAGAAACUAGCUGGUGCCCACAGGGAGCUGGGGCAGCUGCGGGCCCAGGAGGCCAGCCUGCAGCAGGAGCAGAAGAAAGCCGAGACACACAAGAAAAUGACUGAGUUCUAGUCUCCAAGGAAAGUGUAAAUGAAGGUGAUGUGGAUUUUGUCUUGAACACAUCAGUAUCCUUCCAAGCCUGCAACUAAUCAGCACCAACACCACAAGGAUUGUCAUUCUGUGACUAAGUAUGGGUCUUCUCUCUGCAUUGGGUUAAUGCAAAGCUGGUUUGGGGUGGGAAAUGGGAGACAGGUGGUGAAGAAGGUUAAUGCACUUAGCUCCCAAGUACAGUUAGUGGUCUCAUACGAGUGCUCUUUGUGACAAUUUGUGAUAAGAUUAACAGCUCCACAUGGCUAUCUGUCUCUGAGAGAUCCGGUACUGGAAAAGCAUGUCAGGGUGGAGGAGUCUUGCACAGGAGCUUCUUAUCUUUUGCCAAUAUUCAUGUGCAUGCCAUCUUUUAUUUAUUUAUUUUGCAAGAGUGGGCAUGUUAGUUCCAUUGUCCAAUAAGCAUAACUGCAUUUUGAGUCCCUUGAAUUUUCUCAGUGGUUUCAGUUGCCUCCUCACGUACUGUCCUAAACAGUUUCACCUUGAGACGGUUGCAUGUCAGUGGUGGAUAAAGCAAUCUCUGUAAAGCAUUUUGUGAUCCUUCACAAUGAACAGUACUAUAUCAAAAGGUAACUUAUUCUUUCACUAUAUUCAUCUACAAAACAAAUCAAGCAAACUCCUACAGGUGUUAUAUGCUCCUGGGGGGAUUCUGCGCCACUGCGCAAUGCAGAAUUUUGCAGAAAUUAACCUUGUGCCUGCAGAAUUCCUCCCCCCCCCCCAAAAAAAAUGGGCUGCAGUGCUGCCGGCCGCCACUAGGGGAUGCUGAUCCUGGCAGAGCCCAGCUCACACAUAAAAGACACUGCCAGGGGGUAGGGGA